AUGGCAGCGGAGCCGCGAGGGGCGGCCGCCCACGAGCGGGACGGCGGCGGCGCCAUCACCGACGCCCUCUCUCUCUUCGCCUCCCGCCUCUCCCGCCGCAGGUUCGCGCACACAAACGCCCCAUCCCUCCCCUCGCCAGCUUCUAGAACCUCCCAUUUCAGUCCCUCCCCGCGUCGACCGCGCAGGUUUGGGGACGAUGAGCUGCGGGUACUUGAGGCGGCGCUCUCCAGCGGCGGAGACGUGGCCGCCAUGCUAGCAACGCGCUCGGAAGCACGGCGAAUGCUACGGGAGCGCUCGACCGAGGCGUUCGCUGCGGCCGCUGCUGAGGAGGUCGGGGCGAGGCUCUCCGUCGCCGAUUUCUUCGCGCGCGCCUUCGCCCUCGCGGGCGAUGUCGAGAGCUGCCUUGCUACGAGAUAUGAAGCGCUGCUUCUGCGAGAGGCCAAGUACUCCGACGACCCACAUCUGCAUGUAUCACAUGAAGAAUGGUUAACCUUUGCGCAGGACUCUCUUGAUAAUGGAUUCUACGCCAUUGCUUCCAAGAUAAAUAUCGAUCAUUCUGGAGACCAACGUUGGCCUGGGUUGUUUAGUCUCUGAAUGGUCGAUCAGCUAACACUGGAUACUGUUUCAUAAAGGCUAUUUGUGACUGUUACAUUUAUCA